AUGAAUGCAAAUGAAGAAAUUACUGAUGAAUUUUCUCAAAAUGUUCGUUAUUAUGUUGCAGUCGGAAGACAUUUAACAAUUUUGCAUAAAUUUUCAGAUUUUUCAGUGGAUAUUUUAUCUCACCAAUUUCUAUGUACCAGUUUUGCAAUUGAUCCAAUGCUACUAGCCAUAAUCUAUGGAAUUUUCGAUUUUGUCAAAUAUAUUUGGUCAAAAGGUUAUGAUUUCUCACUAAAUAGUGAAGAAUACAGACUUAGCCCUUAUUUUCAUGCAGCGUGUGCAUCAGGAUAUGUUGAUCAAUAUCCCAAAUUUGAAGAUUACUUUUAUAUGUAUAUUAUAGGAAUGAAUUGUUUAAUGCAUGCCGCUUCUGCCGGAUCCCCUGAUGUUGUUAAUUAUCUUAUCAAACUUGGCAUGGGUACAGAUGAUAUUACCAUAGAAGGUUUAACCGCAAUUGUUUGUUCAGCAAGAUCAGGUUCUUUAUCAUGUGUAAAAGCAUUAAUCAAAGCUAGUACCACGUAUAAAAACUGUAACAGGAAAUACAAUUGUGUCGUUGAAGCAGCAACGCAAGGAUAUUUAGGCAUCGUUAACUUCUUGAUAUAG